UGACCGUUAUUCGUUACGAGAGAGAGAGAGAAUGGAUAGCCCGCCGGGGAGUGCACGGUCGAGCCCGGAGGCGGAGGUGGGGUUGCGGGUGGAAGACUUGUGGGACAUCCAGGAGCCGCAGCUCAGCCCCUCCGAGAAGCUCAACUCCUGCUUCGAGAGUAUGCCCGUCUCCUCUUUCCCCCUCGCCCCCUCGUCCCAAGUUGUUGAGAUACCUUCAGAUUCUAGUCUAGCUGAUGCUGUCGAAACUUUAUCGAAAAACAAAAUCCUGAGUGCACCAGUGCGCAAUAUGGAGGCACCAGAAAAUGCUAGUUGGAUUGACAGAUACCUUGGCAUUGUAGAAUUUGCUGGAAUUGCUGUAUGGCUUCUGCAUCAGUCAGAAGUUGCAGCACAGGGGAUGAUUGCUGGUUCUGAUGCAACAACAGAAGCUGCAGAUGGACUAGCAGCUAAACUUGGCACUGUUACAUUGGAGACAGCAACAUUUGUUGAAGCUCAUGGUGGAGUCAUGGCUAAAUCAGCCCCUGAAGCUGCAGUUUCAAUGGGUGGAAGCUUUUUUGAAACUCUCACUUCUUCAGACUUCUACAAGAACACAAAGGUUCGAGACAUCUCAGGAUCAUUCCGCUGGGCACCAUUUCUUGCCUUGCAGAACUCUGAUUCAUUCCUUACCAUGCUGUUGCUGCUAUCCAAGUACAGAAUGAAGAGCCUUCCUGUGGUUGACCUGGGCGAAGCAAAGAUCGACAACAUCAUCACACAGUCUGCAGUCGUUCACAUGCUGGCAGAAUGUGUCGGGCUUCACUGGUUCGAAGACUGGGGCACGAAGAAGCUCCUUGAACUGGGGCUUCCCUUGAUGAGGCCUAAUAAAGUUGUCAAGGUGAGUGAAGAGGAACCAGUUCUAAAAGCCUUCCAACUAAUGAGAAAGAGAAGAAUUGGUGGAUUGCCAGUGGUUGAUGGAAGUGGAAAUAAGGCAAUAGCAAAUUUAACUAUCAGAGAUGUUCAAUAUCUUUUAACUUCUCCUGAAAUAUAUAAGGCUUACAGAUCUAUCACAGCCAAAGACUUUGUCACCAGUGUUAAGAAAUAUUUUGAGGAGCAUCAAGAUGCCUCACCCAUGCUGAUGAAUGUGAUCACUUGUAAUAGAGAUGACACAAUAAAAGACAUCAUUUUAAAGCUGGAUGCUGAAAAGAGACAGAGAAUCUAUGUUGUUGACAAGGAGGACAAUCUGGAGGGAGUGAUCACACUCAGAGAUAUAAUCUCCAGGCUGGUGCAUGAGCCACAUGGUUACUUCGGAGAUUUCUUUGAUGGUGUUGUUCCCCUGCCACAGAAUAGCAGGGUCUGAUAGCUAACCAAAAUUUUAAGUACAAUUUACUUUUGCCUUGUGUCGCCGGUGAUGUAAACUUCUUCCUUGUUCUAUUUUGGUUUCUUUUAUCUUGUUUUUUCCCACAUUUAUGGUGCUUUCCCUGUUUUUUGUUCGUCUUCAAAAUUACCCAGUUUUGUAUUCUUAAAUCCCUUCUUUUUGGGUAAGGUUUGAGCAUUUCUUAGCUCCAGGCAGUGAAGUUGAUGCCCAUGCUUUCUCUGUGUAAACAAUUUUAUCUCUAUUAAUGCUAUUGAAUUGUACUAACCAAUGCA